AUGCACACCGUCUUUCGAAUCGGUGAAGUUCGAAAAAUUGAUAAGAAAAGUCCACUUUAUGAAGUGGAACUCAAACUUACGUCUGAUGAUGACCAGCAACUUCAUCAAUUAACUGAUCGUAUACGAGAAGAAUCUUCAGGUAGCACUGGAUGGUAUCGAAUGGGUAAAUUGCUGCUCAAAAUUGGUCAAUUUGACAAGGCUGAAGAGUUGUACAUGGCACUACUAGAACAGGCUUCUAAUGACAGUGAUAAAGCACAUAUCUAUCACCAGCUCGGAUGGGUGAAACGAAACCAAGGACAAUACAAAGAAGCAGCUUCAUUUUAUGAAAUGUCUCUCAAAAUUGAACGAAAAACUCUUCCAGAAGAUCAUCCUUCAUUGGCUAAUACCUACAACAACAUCGCUAUAGUGUACAACGACAUGGGUGACUACUCGAAAGCACUUGAAUUUUACGGAAAAGCACAUAAAAUCCUCGAAAAAGCUCUACCUCCGAAUCAUCCCGAUUUGGCUACUUCCUACAACAACAUCGGUGGAGUGUAUAACAACAUGGGUGACUACUCGAAAGCACUUGAAUUUUACGAAAAAUCACAUCAAAUCUACGAAAAAGCUCUGCCUCCGAAUCAUCCUCAUUUGGCUACUUCUUACAACAACAUCGGUCAAGUGUAUAACAAUAUGGGUGACUACUCGAAAGCACUUGAAUUUUACGAAAAAUCACUUAAAAUAAGAGAAAAAGCUCUGCCUUCGAAUCAUCCCUUAUUGGCUACUUCCUACAACGACAUCGGUGGAGUGUAUAACAACAUGGGUGACUAUUCGAAAGCACUUGAAUUCUACGAAAAAGCACAUAACAUCUACGAAAAAGCUCUGCCUCCGAAUCAUCCCGAUUUGGCUAUGUCCUACAACAACAUCGGCUCGGUGUAUCAUGACCUAGGUGAUUACGCAGCAGCUCUUAGGGCUCUUCAAAGUGCUUUUCAAAUUAAACAACAAGCAUUUCAAGAAGGUAAUCCAGCUUUUGCUUCAACAUAUAGUUGGCUGGGAAGAGUUUAUCGCAGUUUGAAAGAUUAUUCAAAAGCACUUGAUAAUUUCGAAAAAUGUCUCGCAAUAGAUCUAAAAACAUUACCCGAAAAACAUCCCUAUCAGGCUAUUACUUAUAGUAAUAUAGGUGAUGUUCAUCGAUUAAUGGGUAAUUAUGAAAAAGCAUUUGCAUUUCAUCAAAAAGCAUUAAAUAUUCAAGAAAAUGUUCAAUGUGAUCCUACGGACUGUGCAACGACAUAUAUAAAUUUAGGUGAAACUUAUCGUGAAAUGAAAGAUUAUUCCACGGCAUUGACAUAUUUCGAAAAAGGAUUAGAAAUACGUGAAAAGAAAUUAUCAAAAAAUCAUCCUGAUUUAGCUGUUGUAUAUCAUAAUAUGGCAAAAUUAUAUUUGGCUACACGAAAAUAUAGUAUGGCAAUGAAAAAUAUUCAACAAGCAGUUGAAAUAGCUCAAGAAAAAUUACCUUCAACUCAUCCUCAUCUUUUGGAAUAUAAAGAAACAUUUGAAAAAAUUCGAAUGAAAAUAACUCGACAACAAGAUUUCUAUGGUCAAUAUUCAUCAUCAUACAAUGAUUCAUAUUAUUGGCAUGAAAAUAAUUCAAAUUCAUAUGAUAUUUAUGGUUCAAUACUGGUGGAAAUUCUUCAAUUUCAACAUCCAUCUCAUACACUUUUACAACAAAAUAGUUUUACUCAACAAGUUUAUCUUAAAUAUAAACAAGAAUGUCUUGAUGACUUUCGUGUUGAUGGUGCAUCAUUUUCACAACAAUUUUUUUCAACAAAACCAAAUUAUACAUUCGAAGCAAUUACUGCUGCAGUAGCAAAGAACAGUGAUACAUCAAAUUCAUUAAAACCCAAUGGUGAACAAUAUCUGAACGGUGCUAAACUUUAUACACAAGAAUUUAGUGUUUUAAGAAGAAUUGGUAUUGGUUUAGCUAUUGUUGGUGGUGUGAUUAAUUUUGAUGGUGGUCAUCGAGAUGUUAUUUUUGAUUGUUUCCAAGGUGUUAAACUAGGUGUUAUUGAAGAAGGAACUCAUUUUAUGAUUUCAUGGCUUCAUAGACCAAUUAUAUUUGAUAUUCGUACACGACCACGAUCUAUUCUAUCAAUAACAGAAAUAAAAGGUAUAAAAGCUAGAAGAAAACAGUCAACUUCAGGAGAGAGUUUUAAAAUCUGUUGUACUAAGUCUCAAUUUGAUGCUAUUGAAUUGAUUACACAACAUACACUUAUUUUUCAACGUAUUAGUGAAUUUUUAAUAGAACGUGCUGCUCAAUUUGGUUUAUUACUUGAUGAUAUUUCAGUUACACAUUUAAGUUUUAGACCUGAAUUCACAAGUGCUGUUGAAUUAAAACAAGGUGCACAACAAGAUGUUGGAAAACAACGGUUUUUAGUUGAAAAAACGGAACAAAGUCGUCGAGCAAAUGUUAUUGCAGCAGAAGGUGAUACUCGUGCAGCUGAUUUGAUUGGCAAAGUUUUAGAUGAAGCUGGUGAUGAUUUGAUCGAACUUCGACGAAUUGAAGCCACUGAAGGUAUUGCAAAUCAAUUAUCAAAAUCAAGAAAUAGCAUCUAUUUACCACAUGGUCCUCAAAUGUUACGUAAUCAAAAUUAUAUAAAUACUCGAUUUCGUUCACCACUGACCAAUUAUUUACCAUAUUUAGCUCUAUCUCAAAUAGCUACAGCUCAUUUUCAACUUGUUUUAUCAUGUGAUCAUCAUUUUGGUAUUGAUUCAAUUCCAAUAGGAAUUUGUUAUACUGAAACAGAUGAUCAUGGUUUUAGUCGACCAAGGUUAUUUACUGCAGUCCCAUUAAUUAAUCAAUAUCCUAUAGGUUCAAUUCUUCUUGAAAAUCCAUAUUAUGGUUUAAGAAAACCCCCAGAUCUACUUCAUUGGUGUCAAAAAACGAAAUUAACAUCAGCUAUUCUACAUGGUUUUUCUCUUGGUGGACAUAUGGCUUCAUUAGCAUUUACAAAGUAA